ACUAGGAGAGGGUGGCGCUGACUGCAGCAUUGAUCUGGGGACUGUGAGGCGUGGCUGAUCCCUUGCGUGCCCCAGGGAAGAAGCCAGCAGGAAACCGCGGGCUUUCUCAGCCACCCCAGUUCCAAAGCAGAUCCCAGAUCCUGGUGCUCAAAGGAGCCGAGCUUAGCAGGGUUCUCUCGGAGGGAGCAAGAGGUGCCAAAGGCAUUCGCAACUUGGAACACAGGAGCUCCUGCAAGGAGCCUGUUGGACAGCGAGGGAGGGUGGGUACGUUGAGCUGCCCAAUACAGACGCUUUUUUUCCCCCUUUUCUUUUUUUAUCAAAGAAGACUCUCCGGGCUCUGCUCCACAGCUGCCUCGUCCAGUGCCCCAGGCCUUAUCACCAGCACUCUGUGAGCUUUCUGGGUGAAAACUUUUGAUUUCUUUCACGGGAUACACAAAGAAAUCUUGGGACAGAACUGCAGGUGCCAGCCUGAGUUGUCAGGACAGGAGUCCCCAGGGCAAAAGAACUGAAGCUCUUGGAAAAGGAAGAGACACUGGUAGGACCCAUCCGGUCAGCUGGAGUUCUGGGCGCCCAUGCUUCUGUCAUGGCUCACAGGAUUUGGGGCUGGACUGCUCUCCCUCCACUUCGUGCAGAAACUUCUGUUCCCGUACUUCUGGGAUGACUUGUGGUUCUUGCUGAAGUUGGUGCGGUAUGGAAUUCAGAUGGAGAUAUACAAACUGAGGGGUGAGCUGGUCACGGUGCUGGAUAAGUUCCUGAGCCAUGCCAGGAGGCAGCCAAAGAAAGCCUUCAUCAUCUAUGAGGGGGAUGUGUACACCUAUGAGGAUGUGGACAAGAGGAGCAACAGAGUAGCCCACGCCCUCCUGAACCACUCCGACCUGAAAAGGGGGGACGUUGUAGCUUUGUUGAUGAGUAACGAGCCCGACUUCGUUCAUGUGUGGUUUGGCCUGGCUAAGCUGGGCUGCGUGGUGGCCUUCCUCAACUCCAACCUUCGCUUCGAGUCCCUCCUACAUUGCAUCCGUACCAGUGAACCCAAAGCCAUGGUGGUGGGCGAAGAUUUGCUUGGAAGCCUAGAAGAAAUCCUUCCCAGCCUCCCGAAACAUAUCAGGGUUUGGGGAAUGAAGGAUUCUGUUCCAGAAGGUAUAGUUUCACUCAAAGAAAAGCUGAGCCUUGCCUCUGAUGAGCCAGUACCACCAAGCCAUCACGUCACCUCAAGCCUUAAGUCUACUUGCCUCUACAUUUUUACCUCUGGAACAACAGGUCUACCCAAAGCAGCUGUGAUUAGCCAGUUCCAAGUGUUGAAGGGAUCUUUUGGGCUAUGGGCGUUUGGCUGUACAGCUGAUGACAUUGUUUAUAUAACCCUCCCUCUGUACCAUAGCUCAGGGGCUCUCCUUGGAAUUGGUGGAUGUGUUGAGUUGGGUGCCACGUGUGUGCUAAAGAAGAAAUUCUCUGCGAGCCAGUUUUGGAAUGAUUGCAGGAAGUACAACGUGACUGUGUUUCAGUACAUCGGGGAGCUUUGCCGUUAUCUGUGUAAACAACCUCAGGGGCUCACGUUGUAAUCCACAUUGGCCUCGGACUCAGUAUUAAGUAAUUGCUUCAAAGUCUUACCAGACCUCCUGUCUCAGAUCCACCCUCUGUGAUGUAUCCAUUCCUGGGAUGGCAGGCAUGGAGAUCAGUUUAGUAGUAGUAAUAACGGUGAAGAUUUGAAAAUGAUAUGGUAAUCAGAAAAUAAAUGAUAAGGAAACAAACCAUGGUAUAAUUAUCUGGUAAUUCUAUAAUCGUGGGGAAUCGUGUGCUUGAGGGAUGACAGCUGUCGUAGUUGGGGUUAAUAGGCAAAGCAACAACAUCUGGAAUCACCUGAGACAGUCCUACCUGUCCAGGCCACAGUUAGAUAGGUCUUCCCGCAUUGGUUAAUCUAUUGAAUGUCCAGAAGCUAAAUAAUCCCUUGUUUACUGCUCUAGUUGGCAGGCGGACCUGGGAGAGUGGCGGCUGUGAGGGAUUGUCAAUCCUGUGAGGGAUUGUCAGACACAGUUCAGGAGUGGAGUCAUAUAAGGAGAAUUCUGAGUGCCUAUGAGAAAAUUCCAAGAGAACAAGAUAAGUCUUGUGAUCUCAGUUUCUUCAGAAACAUAAAAUUGUUCCUGGGUCGGGUUUUCAUGAUCCUUCCCAGUGUAGCAAGGAGGAAUGAGUUUACCUCAGAUUAUUCAUUACAUCUGGCUACAGUUAUUUGUUUAUGUACUUCCAUGGGCAAACAGAUCCUUGCCCUGUAUGGUUUGUCCUUGUUAUUGUAUACAUGACCUCAUGAGAAUUUGCUGAGGUGACCUUUCUGAAUCCUCAGAGGAUAAAUUUCCUGAGGCUCUGAAUAGAGUUAACUAUUGCAUUAGAGUUUAGUCCGCCUCAUUUCUAGGCGCCACUCUCCCAGGUCUGGCUGCUAACUGGAGCAGUAAACAAGGGAUUAUUUAGCUUCUGGACAUUCAACAGAUUAACCGAUGCGGGAAGACCUAUCUAACUGUGGCCUGGACCAUGCCCUGGUGGAGAUCCCGAACCCUACAAGACGGAGUGAGUUGAGCAUUGAUGUAUAUUCCCAUUCUUUCUGAUUUGAGGUGCUGUGUGACCAGGUGCUUCAAGCUCCUUCUGCCUGUGUUGCUGUCAUCAUAUGGCCUUGAACUGGGAGCCAAAAUAAACACAUUCUCCUUUAGGUUUCUUUCAACAGGAUUUUUAGUCAGAGCAAUAGGAAAAGCAAUGAUUAAAACCAGCCUACAGUUUGGAACAGUAUGCAGAACACAGCACCAAGGCAGAAUGUAUAGCUACACCACGGUGUAAUUUUAUCAGUGCACAUAGGUGGAUCUGUAAAAAUAAUAUUGUAUGGUAAAAUUUUAGGCUUUAUUUCCUUUUCUCUUCAGUUUACAAGUUUUCUGUAUCAUCUGUAAUUCUCUUUUUCUGCAGCAUCGCGCAUUGGUUCUGUUUACUCUCUAAGGACAAUCACCCGUUUUCUUCUUUUUCUUUUUGCUUGCUUUCUUUUUAAAUUUACUUUAAGGGAUACUGGUAGCUUCCUGCCUCACUUACAGGCCUGGUGCCCAUGGAGGCCAGAAGAGGGGGUCAGGUCUUCUGCGGCUGGGUCACAGACAGCUAUCAGCUACCAUGUGGGUCCUGGGUGUCAAACCUGGGUCCUCUGCAAGAGCAGUUAAUGCUCUUAAUUGCUGAAUCAUCUUUCCAUACCCUGAAGCUUUUCUUUUAAAGAAAACAUGAGUAGAGUAAAGAAGGCCUAAGCAUCAGAGGAACAAAAUUGACAUUUUGGACUAAGAGGAUCUGGCAAGCCUUUUGAUUUAUUUGGCUUUGUAUAUGAGCUAGAGUAUUGAGAAAACUAUUUCUCCCAUUGAAAGAUAUAUAUUUAUAAAACCAUAACCCAUACAAGUUCAAGCCUGUGGAAUCUGAUUUACAGACUCCAUUCUAUAUUGGCUUCAGUACUUUGCCAACACAUUUCACAGUGAUUCUUGAUGAAACCCAUCUCUAACUUGAACAUCACCCAAGAAUUAUGCCAUAUAAAAGAUUGCUGUCUGCUUAAGCAAAACAAAUCAUAAGACUGGCAAUGUAACUGUCUUAUUCAGAAAAAUAGUAGUGCAAAGUCCAAGAAUUAGUUCCAUUCCAGAGAAGCAAUAGCUACAGGCUCCCAGGAGGCAGGACCAGGAUAGCUGCUUUGGGCUGUGUGGGAAGGAGCUGCUCUCACCAAGUGAGUUUCUUUCUCUGUCCCCAGAGGUCACCUGAAGCUCCUUUGAUCAACUACUCAUGGAACACAUUUCAAAGGAUUCUGUGACCUUUGAUCUUAUUCUAUUUAUCCCUAUUGUUUUUAAAAUUGAAGUUGUCAUUUUGCACAGUUAAAAGGUUGAAAGAGGAGCUAGAGAAAUGGCUUAGGCCCUAAGAGUGGUACUAGGAUCGCUCAGGACCAGACUUCAGCUCCGAGAACCCAGGUUAGGAGUCUCAAACCACAGUUACCCCAGCUCUAAGAGAUAGACCCACAUAUGCACAACUAAGUUGAAAGAGAUUUGAAGAGGUGUCUCAGUGGGUAACAUUGCUAGGGCUGGAAACAACAUGACCGGAGAUCAAAUUCCUAACACUCUCCUACAAAGCGCAGUAGAGCCUUGCUUGGCCAUAACGACAGCAUUUGAGACAAAAACCAUUCAGUUGCUGGGACCUCACUUGUCAGCCAACUUAGCCAAAAGUUGAGCUCCAAGUUCAGGGAGAAACCCUGGAUCAAAAACAUGAAGUGAUAGAGAAAGAUGUUCAUCAUCCUCUUCCGGUCUCCACAUUUCAUGGUGGGCUCAGCCACCCCGAAGUGUGUGCAUACACUGUACAUAUAUACACCCUACACUCAAUUGAAAACUAUAAAUAAUUUUUAAAUGAAGGAGAACUCAAGAUUAUGAAGCAUCCCACCUUUUAAUCCUUGAUCUAUAAAGGAUUUUAGAUAUUCAAGAUUUUGAUAUAUUGAUUUUAAUAUAUUCAAGAAAGGUUUUAUUUUUUGUUUUAUCCGUGUGUCUAAAUAAACUGUGCAUGCUAUCAUUUUGUCAUUUUACUUCCAUUUUAACUGUCAUCCACUUGGUUUUCGUUCACAUAGCCACAUGCAUUCCUUUGCUGUGACUACAAAAAGAAAGGAAGAAAAGCAAUUUGAGGAGGAAAGGAUUCAUUUCACCUUACAGUUGUCUGUCCAUCAUACAGGGAAGUCAGGGCAGGACCUCAAGGCAGGAAGGAAAGCAGAGGCCAUGGAGCAUGGACCAAUGCUACUCGCUGGAUUGCUCUCCAUGGCUACACAGUUUUCUUUCUUAUGUGACUGAGGACCAUCUUCACUGGAGUGACACCAUCCACAGGGGCUGAUCCUACAUCAGUCAUCAAUCAAGACAAUGACCCAAGACUUGUCUACAGGCCAGUCUUGGGAGGCAUUUUCUCAGUUGAAGUUUCCUCUCCCCAGAUGAGUCCUACCUCUGUCAAACUGACAGAAAAGCUAUAAUCUUAGUAUAAUGCCAGUACACUUAAAAUAUUAGUGUUUGAAACUAUUUAAAAUAUACUAAUUUUUCAGCUGAGACACAUAUAAGUUAAACUCAACUCAUUGAUUUGUUCCUCAUAUAAUAGCUAUAAUUUUAUUUUUUAACUUAGCAUUAUUAAAAUGGCCACUAAUUUUCCUUCUAUUCUGCACUGUAGUUGAAAUUUCUCAAUAGGAUGCCUUAAUCCUUUAACUCUCUUGAUGGAAUUUACUUAUUUACUUAAAGACAUUCCUCCAUGGAGUUUUUCCUUAGGCUUUGUCUUCACGCACAUAAAUAUAGUUCUGAUUUCUGGCAGCAAAUACUAGUUUGCCCUGUUCUUAAAAGCUGAAGCUGAACGGAGGCACAAGCCUGCAUUCCUUGGCUUCCUCGUCCAGCACUAAGUCAUGACAUGCAGGUCUGGCUUCAUUCAUAGCAGCAGUUCCUUUCGUCUCUUUGCUUCAGAGUUGUAGGAUUAAAAAAUAGGAAAGAAACAGACCGGAUAAACAGUUCUCUGCACCCAAAUCCCGUGGGAGGGAGAGCUAAACCUUCAGAGAGGCAGACAAGCCUGGGAAACCAGAAGAGACUGCUCCCUGCACACACAUCUCGGACGCCAGAGGAAAAAGCCAAAGACCAUCUGGAACCCUGGUGCACUGAAGCUCCCGGAAGGGGCGGCACAGGUCUCCCUGGUUGCUGCCGCUGCAGAGAGCCCCUGGGCAGCACCCCACGAGCGAACCUGAGCCUCGGGACCACAGGUAAGACCAAACUUUCUGCUGCAAGAAAGCUGCCUGGUGAGCUUGGGACACGGAAGCAGAAUUUCUCUAGGAGGCACGGCCUGUGUUUACCGGAAGUCCCACACCCGCGGAUCCCGGCCCGCAGCAGCUCUCUGCUCCCAGACCUGGUGAGAGAGAGACCCAACCGCCUGGUCAGGUGGGCACUCCUGAGGCUGCAGAGCGGAAGAGACCACCAACACUGCUCACCCCUGCCCACAUCCCUGGCCCAAAAGGAAACUGUAUAAGGCCUCUGGGCUCCCGUGGGGGAGGGCCCAGGAGCGGCAGGACUUCUGCGCCUGAGACACCGCCGCCGGAACCUGAAAGAAACAGACCGGAUAAACAGUUCUCUGCACCCAAAUCCCGUGGGAGGGAGAGCUAAACCUUCAGAGAGGCAGACAAGCCUGGGAAACCAGAAGAGACUGCUCUCUGCACACACAUCUCGGACGCCAGAGGAAAAAGCCAAAGACCAUCUGGAACCCUGGUGCACUGAAGCUCCUGGAAGGGGAGGCACAGGUCUUCCUGGUUGCUGCCGCUGCAGAGAGCCCCUGGGCAGCACCCCACGAGCGAACCUGAGCCUCGGGACCACAGGUAAGACCAAAUUUUCUGCUGCAAGAAAGCUGCCUGGUGAACUCAAGACACAGGCCCACAAGAACAGCUGAAGACCUGUAGAGAGGAAAAACUACACGCCGGAAAGCAGAACACACUGUCCCCAUAACUGACUGAAAGAGAGGAAAACAGGUCUACAGCACUCCUGACACACAGGCUUAUAGGUCAGUCUAGCCACUGUCAGAAAUAGCAGAACAAAGUAACACUAGAGAUAAUCUGAUGGCGAGAGGCAAGCGCAGGAACCCAAGCAACAGAAACCAAGACUGCAUGCCAUCAUCGGAGCCCAAUUCUCCCGCCAAAACAAACAUGGAAUAUCCAAACACACCAGAAAAGCAAGAUCUAGUUUCAAAAUCAUAUUUGAUCAUGAUGCUGGAGGACUUCAAGAAA